UGAAAGCCAUGUUGCUUAUCCAGCACAUGGAGGCUACAUAGGAGCCCCCUUCUCCGCUCCUCUCUAAUCGCCACUGUUUCCGGCGGUCAGGGCGCCGCCGCCGGCGAUGUGUGCCAAUACCUGUGCCAGGAACACGCCGCCGCGCCAAAGCUGCGUGUCCGUAGCCCCACCGCGAAGGGAGAGCGUCGGUCCUUCGCGGGCCAUUGCGGAGGUCUUCGCGACGGGCGAGAAGCCUUGCCGCUCGUGCUCCUCGAUCGGUUGGUCCAGAGACCAGAGGCGGCCAUCAGCCUCCUGACUUCCGCGCAUCCCACGGCUGUGGUGUCCGCUAGCUUUCUUGGGUGCCGUCGACGGCGCGCCAUGCAUGGGGGAUCCAUCUCCGGCGGACACCAAAGGUUCGGUUCGUACGUUCGGCUGAUUCUUUUGGUGCUCAGUUUUGGUUAUUGCAUCCGUGUUACAUUCGCUGCAAAAUUGCGCAGCAUGAGCGACUUUUGUUGCCUUUAUGCCUUGUAAGCACUGAUUUGGUUCUGAAAUAUUUAGUCGAGUGAUCCAACAGAUGAGGUCUCGUGAAGGAUUCUGCUGAGAACAAGUCCAUGCAAAUAAUAACAAAAAAAAAGGUGAUCCUUUGAGUCAUGGACGGUGCCAUUUCAUUUUUUUUUCUGUUAGUAUACUAGCAUCCUAGACUAGCUUUCAACUUUCAAGCUAAAUGUUGGAAUGGAAUUGAUUGAGCCUAGUAAAAGUUCAAAUGGAACUGAAACAACAAGACCAUGCGAUAAAAAUAUAUCUUUAUAUUAGUGAAAAUAAUAGUUUUAUAAUAAUCAGGUUUGUUGUGUUUAAAAUGCAUAAUUAAGUGAUACAAGUCUGUAGACAAACGAUAUGGAGAUUCAUUGUGCCCAUGUCCAAAGGGAGCAAGAGACACUUAUUCUAAUCGGAUGGAGCAUUUCAUCAAUCAAUUUUAGAACAAACCAAACAAUACCUUCUAUCAUGAAAUCUUUGAAGAUUUGUACAACAUUGGUAUUCCAGUUCAUAGAUUCGAUGAUGAGAAAUAUUGACCUAGUCACGCGGACUUGGUCCUUAGAGAAUGGCAGUAUGGAGACAAAAGCAAGGUGAUGUUAUACUACAUAACUUGAUUGACUCAGCUAGAGUAAAAAAUUUAGCUGAUCAUUUUCCACAUAUGUGUUGUCUAAUGUCUGUGUGCGUGUGUGUGCAUGCAUCUAUCUGUUGUACUUGUGCAUAAUUGGGAUUACUUAUUAAUAUUGUGAUGGGCAGCCCUCAUGGCAGUUUAAGGAAAAAAAGUUUAAUAGCACUCCAUCUCAAGUCUCAAUUAAAAUCCAGUGGCCUAUUGAAUAUUAAAAUGAAACUGGAUUGAGCCAAAUAAUUCGGGUGUCCUUUCUUUUACUAAAUUCCAUUCCUUGUUUAAUGAAGUCUGACAUUCUUGCUAGUGACACUUUCGUUUGACUUCCAUUUUUCUCCUAGAUUGUUAAACAUCCUAUUUAAUUUCCUACGAUCAGCUUACAUAUCCAGCUAUAAAGAUAGCAAAAGUUGAUACCUGCUAAUGAGCAUGAUCUUGCACUCCAACUAAAUCUUCACCUCUGCCCUACCAGCAACUACAAUAACGACGAUUUUCUGUACAUCAUUGAGCCCGUCAUGGCAGGGAUGGUGACUUCUGCUAUUGCAGGGGAAACAGUGAAUAGAAUCAUUUCUGCUCUUGUUGGCGGGGAUGACGACAAGUCUACAGAAAACAUGGAAAGGCUGGAGAUGGCGCACAUCAAGAUGGAGUCUGUGCUUCACGUGUCUGACAAGUGGCAAAUCACCGGUGGGCCACUGCUACGGUGGCAGAGAAAGCUGAAGCGUGCCGCUUGUGAGUGCGAUGAUGCGCUGCAAAGCUGCAAGCAGCGUGUCAUAGAAGAGCGAGAGAUCAGGCGCCUGGUGAGUCAGUCAUCAUUUCCCAAGCGAAUUGCUUAUGCUACCAAGUCAUUCGUCUCAUCUAUCGUCGGAUCUAGUAACGAUGAGUCAAGAAGUAGUUCUACAGAUGUUGUUCGAAGAUUUGAGAGGUUUGCAGACGGUGCAAAUGAAUUCCUUAAGUUUGUUGAGUUCAGUGCAACCCCGCGGCAGUACAUGUUCUUUAACCAUCUCAUCGGCAACCUUCUUAGAGGGAAGUUUUUGAGGUACCAAGCAUUCCAAGGAAGCAGGUUUUACUACUUGGGCAUACGACCCAUGAGCUCUCCGGAGCGUGGAGUAGAGGCGAUGAUAGGCUUUGUUUGCCAGGACUUCAAGGAUCCUACAAAGGGUUUCAGGCUAGGAUCCAUACUGCGUCUCUCUGAAAGUACAGACAUAUUUGGUGUUAUAAUCAAGUGCAUGCAGUCAUUCGCGCCUCACUUCAAGUUUGCAGCUGAAGGUGUCAAGAGAGAGCUCAUUCAGUUGCCUACCCAGAAUUUUUCUUGGGCAACACAAUCUCCUUAUGGUGAAAGUGCAUACUGGGUCAAUGUUUACAAUACUUUGACUCAAUGGCUUCAGCCCAAUCCUCUCUGUUGCGAUCAGCAUGAGCAGAAUUUGUAUGUUUCAUCUAGAACCAAUUGCACAGCAGCUUCGUCGUCAAGACUAUUGUCGACUAUAUUCCCAGAGGAGGUUAUUUCAGUGUGGUUGCAGUGCCAUGUCUCACUAUCUGAUGAUCAUAAAUGCAUUCCAAAUUCUGCUGCUGAACACGAAGGAAGUAGUUCUGUGAAUUCAGAUAUGCUUCCAUUAAAGCUAGGAGUUUUGUUCAUACCCCAUGACUCCCCAGAGGAUAUAGAGACUGAAUCUGAGAGCUAUGCUUUGGAGGUGAUUGAUGAAGAGGUGCAAGAAAUGGUUCACAGGAAUGCGUGCCUACAAGUUAUUGAUGAGAAGUUGCUGCCAAAAGCCAUAGAUUACCUGUAUCAAAACAAAGAGUCAAGGAUGUAUCAGAUGUGUCUCAAGUCUAGACAUGGCACUGCCAACUUUUGUGUUGAGAAGACAAGCGCACGUCGAAGUAAAACCUCCAGAUCGCGGAUUUGGGAUAAAAGGGUAGUCCAACAUCGAGAUGAUUAUGGCGUAGAAGGCUGGAAGGAGGUGUCGAAAGACCUACUUAAGCUUUGGGUUGUGCGUUCAUCCGACGAGAUGGAAGGGUCAAUCAGAUCCUUCGUUGACCCUACAUAGCUUGAUGGCUCAGCACAAAGUGAAAAACGUAGCUGAUCAUUUUCCACAUGUGUAUGUCUAAUGUCUGAGCGUGUGUAUAUGUGCAUUGCAUCCGUUGUUGUACUUGUGCAUGUCAUGUAAGAACUCUCUCUAUGGUGUAAUCUGUUUUGCGACAUACUUCCUCGAUCCACGUUGUGUCCAUGGACUCAGGAGAAUCCGUUUUUAAAAUGUUUGCCAACUGAGGAAGAAUAUAGUUAUUAUUGUGAUUC